CACGGUCCUCGAAAAGAGUGACAAGCUCUCAUUCAGUGUCACCUUACAGUGGCUUUCUUCUGACCGAUCUUGAAUUCUUAAAAUCACCCUGCAACAAUCAACCUACUACACACAUCUUGCGACAUGACCCAGCCCGCCGCUGGCAGGGCCACUGCCGGCGUGCUUCAAAUCCCAGUGGCAGCUACGCAAAAGUCGGCGGCGCCUGCAAAGAAGACUCCUAAACCUCCUGCGGCGCGCCUCAAGCUAUUGAUUCGCCGUCUACCCCCGGGACUGACCCAGGCCGAGCUCGAAAGUGCCCUUGGGCAGGAAUGGAAAGUCGGUGCGGGCAAGGUUGACUGGCUUCAAUACAAGCCUGGCAAGGUUUCAAAAGACCCCGCAAAGCCCUCUCGUCCUUCCCGAGCCUACAUCCACGUACUGUCCAACGAACAUGUUGGCCCGCUAUCAGAUCGAGUACGCCAAUCCUCCUUCCAAGAUGCGAGUCACACCUCCAAUGACCCAGUGCUUCUGGGCCCUCCCACCCUGGAAUUCGCGCCUUACGCCAAAACCCCGGGUAGUCGCAUGCGCAAAGAUGCCCGUCAGGGUACCAUUGACCAGGAUCCGGAGUUCAUAGCUUUCCUCGAGAGCUUGACACAACCCAUCACGAAGCCAGCCACCGUCGACUCGAUCGAAACCGAGGAGAAGAAGGCUGCAGUGGUGACCACCCCGCUUGUGCAGUUCAUCAAGGACAAAAAAGCGAGCAAGGCGAAGGAGAGCGCGGCCACCAAAUCCUCCAAGCGAUCGGAGAAGGAAUCCAAGCAGGAGAAGGUACAGGCGAAGAAGCUUCUCCAACGACCAGACAAGAAACUUGCUCCCGGUCCUCCCUCGGACGAGAAGUCCAAGGGAGAAAAAGCAGGCAAAGAGUCUGGCAAGGCAGCCAAGGCAGCGGCUAGCGGUACAUCUACGAAGGGAGGCAAACCAAGCACCUCCAGCACUACAAAGGAGACUACAUCUGCCGCUGCAUCUGAGCGGAAGAGGGAACGAGGGAAUGUCGCCGCGGCGGCCAAGAUCCUCCAGCGAGAUCUGGGACUGUCACAAGCUCCAGCUCGACGACGCGGAAAAGGCGGAGCGAACGAGACAGGCUCUACUAAGAACGAGAGCUCACGAGAGUCGUCUGUCCCGGCGUCCGAAGGCGGCAAGAAGGAUACCCCGGCGAAGCCAGCUAAGAAUGCCGCCAGCUCAACGAGAGCCAAGGACAAAGACGGCCGUGAAUCACCAUCCUCUCGAGCAUCUGGCACCGCGACUCCUACAGCCAAUGCGCCUGCCCCGUCAACAAAAUCAGCCAAGGGAGCCAAACCCAAGGCGACCACAAGCCCGACUCCGACUGCAACCCAGGCCUUCCUCAAGCAUGCCAAUGCUUCUCAAGGUGUGACCGAGGCCCUCUUAGAGGCAGCGUUCACGCCGUUCGGCACGGUGACCAAGGUGGAGAUUGAUAAGAAGAAGGGCUUUGGGUAUGUGGACUUUGCGGAGCCCGAAGGCCUGCAGAAAGCCAUGGCAGCCAGCCCGGUGUCCGUAGCGCAGAGUCAGGUCGUGGUGCUUGAGCGCAAGGCCAACCCUGGAGGAGAGAAGUCACGCAAAGGAGGAGGCGGCAGCGGUGGUGGUCGAGGUGAUGCGGCGCAGCCGGCGAAAGGGGAGAAGGCCAAGGCGAGUGCGACUGAUGGGAACGGCACGAUUAGCGGAGGCGGCGCUGGAGGUGGAGGAGGAUCGUCUCGUGGGUCUCGAGGAGGACGUGGAUCGCGAAACAAGGGUGCCAAGGGAGGUGAUGGAUCGAAGGGAGGGGCUGGCGGAGGUGCUGCUGUUGCACAAGCAGAGAAGAGCGGAGGAGGCCCGGAGGCGAAGUGAAAGAGAUGGGACAUGGGGCUACGAGAUACUGGACAUUUUAGAGCAGCUUUAGGCCUGACGAGAGCAUGAUACCCUUAGUACUGACGCAAUGAUAUGCCAUGAUAAAUUGA